AUGUUUUUGCAGAAUAAUUUAAAUCAAAAUGAAAAUAGCAUUACCUUUAUAAAUACAACUCACAUAGGCAUUGGUACUGCUUCUGCACAUGUUGUAGAAAUUCCAAACUCGGAAUUGCAUUCCGAAACGGAAACAUGCAUUCCAGAAGAAACUAAAUCAUUUGAAAGUAAAGAUAUUACGAAAAUUAUGAAAGAAGUAGAGGAAAUUAAAGUAAAGUUUCAGCAAGCAAAAAUGAUAAUCAAUAAAUUAAAUAAGUCGAAGAUUCUGCUUGUAAAGCAUGUAAAAAGAUUGACGUACAAUAAUAGAAAAUUAAAGGAAGAGAAUAAUCAAUUGAAAAAUAUUAAAAACUGUAGCAAGAUACUUAAUGCUGAUCAGAUUGAAGCUCUCUAUAAGCAGUCUAAACGAGGUAGCAAAUGGUUCAACGCCACUAUCAGAAAAGCCCUAAAAUUAAAAUUGUCAUGUGGUAGGAACGGUUAUCAAGAGAUAUUAGCUCAAGGCAUUCCUUUACCAGCGCUACGAACACUUCGAAGAAGAUGCGAGGGUUUAGAUUUUCAACCUGGUAUAUGUGAAUAA